UUAUUAUUAUGGAUACACAGUGUGGUCAGUGGUCAUUGCUUUAUUUAUUAAUCUACAAGCAGUGAUUCAUUUGAUGAAAACUGAAUAUUACUUUACAGAUUCUUUCACUGAAUAUGCUGUAUUUCAUUAUACAAAUCUGUAUAAUUUGAAGAAAUAGAUUUCUAUAUACUGUUAACCUAAACAUAUAAAGGUUGUGUAUAUAUACUGAAUUAGACAUAACGUUAUACACUUCAUUUCUGCGUUGUUUUCUGUAAGGCUCUUCGUUUAAGGUCCCUGUUGGUAACCAAUCAUUCCCUGCAUGUUUGCUUUGAUAUUUCAUUUAAUCAUCAACAGUGAUUCCACAUGUUUCUGAAAUUCAUUCUGCGGUAGAAGAGAGGAAAAUAGAUAAAAACGUUUAAAUAUUACUCAUUUGACAUUUAUGGACAUUUGAGGAAUUGAUUAUUUGUAAAAUAGAAAAUUAUUUUUUUUCACUUCAGUUAUUUAGUAGCCUUCCUUCUAACUGUUUUAUCUGCAUGUUCAUUAAUUGUAUGAACAAGCUUGGAUCAUUGAUUCCUUUUUGUCACUGCGUACUCAACAAUUUGAUGUUCUUUAUUCAGUCUACCUGAAGCUGAAGAAAGCACUUUGAAGAAAAAAAGACAGUCGCUUCAGCUCCUUUUUUGUCUUUUUACAUAUAAAAAAUCUAUUUUGUAACUAAACUAAAUUGUACGUAUUUGGUAAAGAGCAUUGUAAACUAAGUUAAGAUGGAUUGAACAGCCCCUCUGUCUUACUAACACUGAUAAAAUGAAAUGCAUCUUUGUGCUUCACAUAAAGGUAAAGUACCUCUUAUGUUUGCUUGCAGACGAAUUUUGUAUAACUACUCAUUUUUAAUUAUUUUACACUAAAAUAUUUUCCAUGCUUUAUAAUAACAGCAAAGACAUCACAACUGUGAAAUAACACAUAUUGAAUUAUGACCAAAAAAGUGUUAGAAAUCAUCUAAUCUUCUUUCUUAGAAUUUUCAAAGUAGAAGGAUCCCUGCCUUAAUGUAGCUUUGCACACUCUUGGCAUUCUCUCAAGCAGCUUUAUGAGGAGCCACCUGGGAUGCUUUUUCAGCAGUCUUAAAGAAAUUCCCACAUAUGCUGAGCACUUGUUGGCUGCCUUUGAAAACAAAAUUCAAGCAUUUUAGUUUAAACCUUUAGAUCAGAAUGUCUUGAAGAUUAUGAAAAACAUGCAUUCAGUCAUAAAAUGUCUGACUGGUAUUGUAUGUGAUUUUCUAUGAGUGUGAAAAUGCCUCUAAUAUUAAUAUUAACUCAUUUAUUUAAAUUGUCUUUUGUUUUAGGUACACCAAAUUAAUAGCCUAUUUGGAGUCACUGUACUGUGCAGUUUGUUGGUUAACUGAAGUAUUGAGUUUCAUAAAAUUGAAUUGAACUGAUUGCAAACAUGAAUCUAACUCCACCGGACCAAAGCAUUCAUAAGCCUAAUGAUGGCUGUCUGGAGGACAACAAAGCAGACCUGAUGCUGCCCUGUUUUCGCAGAGGCAUGUAUGAGGAACCUCUCUCUUCUUACCACAGUGGAUCCCUGAUCUCUCAUCUCCUCCGAAAAACCAUCCACAGCAAGCGCCCUGCUCUCAACAACGCCCACCUCUACUUGCCGCCCUCCUCCGUUUCUGGAGCUGGAUUGGUUGAAUCAGGAUCUACCUUGGCUGAGUCUGCUCAGGAGGAUCGGAGUAGCAUGUCUUCCAAGGACAGCCUCGGGGAGUCAUCGUCCCCUGGGGGUCACGCAUCUGGAAUGAGCGCCGAACCUGAACGCCCACUGAGCGAGCACCUCCAGGCCAAGCGGGCCAGAGUGGAGAACAUCAUACGUGGCAUGGCAGGUUCCCCUAGUGACAGGUCACAUGGAGAAGGAGAUGGCGUGGAAGGUGAAACCGGCAGGUACGGCACAGAAGUAUAUAAGGAGAGCAAACGCAAGCGGAAACUUCCUCAGCACCAGGAGCACAGUCAUUCUACAACUUUGACCACGACUAGCAGCGCUAAUAUAAGCAAAGAUGAAGAGUGCCACAAGCUGAGAGAGCAACUUCAGAGCAUGCAGCGUCUCUUGCGCCAACUCCAGGAGAAAUUCCUCCAGAUGUAUGACCAUGGUAACUCUGAGAAUGAAGAGAAAGGGGAAGGAGAUUUUCAGGAAGACGUCAGUGAGGCACAGCUGGAUUUGAGCAUUGACUCUGACAACAAAAGAAUUGGCAACAAGGAGAGAAUGAAAGCGGACGGUGGAUAUCUGAGCACAGAGAGAGAUCAAAAGAGCCUACAGGAGAUGCUGAAGUGUGAGCUGUCCAGGGCUGUAAGCGAAAGUGUUGAUAUGGUGUUCAGAAAGCUCUCCGUGACCCUGCAGAACCAGUCACCACAGCCACAAGCAUGUCAAAGCCCAGAGUACACAAAUGUGGAGAAACGAGCCCAACAGACCUGUGCUCCAGAGCUGUCUGACUCUGAAGAUAUCUCAAAGUCCAGGCUUCUGGAGUUCUAUGAGAGCACCCCAGUCCCGAGCCCAGAGCACCAGACUGAAGCUUUGUCUCUAGUGGUCCGGAAACCUACUCUGAACCAGUUGGGCUCAGUAAGCCAGCAGGUGAAGAGACCAUAUCCGCUCCACCAGGCUCCCUUCCAGUUCAGUUACAGUGCCCCCCUCCAUGACAGCCAGAUCUUGGAGCAUCUCCUGAAGUAUGGACCUCAUGCUAAUUUUGGUGGGAUCCCUUGCCUUCCCCCGUCCCUGGACCGGUCAUCCCCAGAUUCAAUGGACCUUCCUUGGGAAAGCAUUGCCAUGAGGUCCAAGGUAAGCUCCGGGCACCUUGGCCAGCACCAUCGCCCUGGGGCACUCGGACAAGUCACAGUAGACAGCCUGUGCCUCCCUCAUGUCAAGAUGGAGUGCGGUGACCUGCAAAGCAUGGCAGAAAGGAGCACCUUCAUGUCACUGAAUAUCCAAGAGGGUCUAACCCCUAACCAUCUGAAGAAGGCCAAACUGAUGUUCUUCUACACACGCUACCCAAGUUCAAACGUCCUGAAGACCUUUUUCCCUGACGUCAAGUUUAAUCGCUGCAUCACCUCCCAGCUUAUUAAGUGGUUCAGUAACUUCAGAGAGUUCUACUACAUACAGAUGGAGAAGUUUGCCCGCCAGGCCAUUGUGGAUGGUGUGAGUGAUGUGAAAGACCUGGCUGUUACCAGAGACUCUGAACUUUUCCGUGCUCUCAACAUGCACUACAACAAAGCCAAUGACUUCCAGGUCCCUGACAGGUUCCUGGAGGUGGCUGAAAUCACACUGCAUGAAUUUUAUAACGCCAUCUCUCUCAACAAAGACACUGACCCCUCCUGGAAAAAAGCCAUUUACAAAGUCAUCUGUAAACUGGACAGCGAUGUUCCUGAGGAAUUCAAGUCACCUUCGUACCUGUAGGUAAAUUUUUUUUGACAGAAACAAGAAGCUGUCUGUAGGGCCACAGGGUUUCUAGCUGAUGAGGUGUCUGAUAAUUUCAGCAUCAUGUUGACUUUUGAAGUAUUGGCAGUUACAUUAUACUUGAACCCUGAUAUAACCAUGCCAUAAACAUGUCAUAUCUGAUGUCAUAUCAUGACAGAUUUUAUUUAGUAAUAUAAUAGUAGCAUGUUACCAUUAGCGAUAACUGCCAUGACAGAUGUCAUAAUGUUUUGAUGUUAUGGCAGCUUAAGUCACAUGCAUUUUUGCUGUGUAUUCUAGUUAGUGCUCAUGACAUUAAACAUGUUAUGUUAUACUUUAAAUGAUCCUAUGAGGUAAAUUUGUUAUUUCACUACCUGGCUAUGCCUAGUCUGGGAGCAGCAUCAGCAUCGCCAACAGAGCAGCACCUUUGGGGCAGUGGUGAUUGAAACUGCUUGCCCAAAGGCACGGCCAGGAAUACCCAGUUAGUCCUGGCAUUUGAACCCACAACCUUCUGUUCGCCGGCUACCAGCCACCAAUAAUGACAUAUGCCCAGAUAAUUAACAGUAAUGAUAACAUGACACUGUUAUAUUACUGGACAAAAUGUAUCAUGACAACUCAUCACAGUAUAUAACAUCCAACAUGACAUGUUUUUGGCAUAGUUAUGUAAAUGUUAUUUAUGUAGCAGGGUUCACGUGAAGUGUUACCUGCUGCAAACUGGAAAGUCAAUAUAUCCUCAAUAGACUGUUUAAAUGCAUCUUUAAAUGAUUAUAUAUGUAGCAGAUUGAUUCCAUACAGUAGUCAUGUUGCAUCAUGUUGACUCUGCCAAUAUCACUGAUCCCAGAUCAUCUCAGAAAAUGUAAGCUAAUUUUUUUUUCUCCCUUAUAUUAUUUUUUUUUAAGUGAAUUGUACUUUGCUUUUAUACUGCUGGAGUUUUUAUUUGAAGUUUUGUUUGUGCUGUUUUAUUUUUUUGUCUGAAAUAAAACAAAGAAAAGUGUUUAGGUAAUUAAAUGUGUUUAAGAUGAAGUAAUUUUCAUGUGAACCUUUAAGUUGGGAUAUAUCUGUGGAAUUCUUAAUGAUUGUGAUAUAAUGUGUAUAGGCUGCAGCUUUUAUCUCAUGAUGAAGUGUCUGUAUUGAAUUCUAAAUAUGUCUGAAUAUAUGCUUCUUACCGUAGUUGUGUAUCCUAUGACAAAUGAAUUAUUCAGUGUAUACUAGUUUGGAGUAUGCAAACAGGCAAUAGUAUGUGAAAAAUAAACCUAUGUGUGUGAAAACUUUUCAUAUAUAUUUCCAUUCUACUCUGUUCUUUUCAUGAUUGAUUUUAAUUGGAGUGCAUUAAAGACACUGGAAGAUUCCUCUCAA